AAGAAUUAGGAAGAGCAAUUGCCUUGUUUAACGAUUUGGGUGUAAACAUUUCCCUGAAAUCCGGAUUUUUCCUGCUUGAUCCAUUAAGCCAGUGAUUAAACCCAUUGCGCAAUAUGUCUGCAUCUGAAGCAUAUUUAAACCUCUCAGCCUCCGAGUCCAAACCAAAGCGGUGACGAUUCUCGAGGAGAAGACAACAUGAAGAUGUACUACACAACCUGCUUUCUCAUUGCUCUGGUGAUCACGGUUCAGUCAGGUCCAAUACCAAAGCAAGAAGAGCAAGAUGAUGCUUUUGCAGAGGCUUACCUGAAGAAAUUCUACAACCUCACUUCAUCCAAUAAUAAAGGAAGAUUCAGUCCGAUGAGUCUCAAGCUAGCUGAGAUGCAGAAGUUUUUUGGACUCACCGUGACAGGGACGCUGGACUCCAACACCCUGGAGGUGAUGAAGAAGCCACGGUGUGGAGUUGUCGAUGUGGGUGCGUACUCCACGUUCGGCGGAGACAGCAAAUGGCAAAAAACCCAGCUGACCUACAGGAUUGAGAAUUACACUCCCGACAUGUCUGUGGCUGAAGUGGACAACUCUAUCGAGAGAGCGCUGCAAGUCUGGGCUCGCGUCACUCCUCUGAGGUUCACCCGCAUCUACAGCGGUGUAGCCGACAUCAUGAUCUCCUUCGGGAGAGGAUCCCAUGGUGAUGCCUACCCAUUUGAUGGACCAUCUGGCACUCUGGCUCACGCUUUUGCCCCAUCUAGUGGCAUUGGUGGAGAUGCACAUUUUGAUGAAGAUGAAAGCUUCACCUUCACUUCCUCUAGUGGAUUUGUUUUGUUCCUGGUGGCUGCCCAUGAGUUUGGUCACUCUCUGGGUCUGUCGCACUCCAGCGACCCCGGUGCCCUCAUGUACCCGACAUACACCUACAGAGACCCAAACACAUUUGUCCUGCCUGCAGAUGAUGUCAAUGGCAUUCAGUCUCUCUAUGGCCCAAACCCCGAUAAACCUGUCGAACCCAGUAAACCCGAUCCACCUCCAGUCACCCCGAGCACCUGUGACCGCACUCUGGUCCUCGACGCUGUGGCAACUCUGCGUGGAGAGAGGCUCUUCUUCAAGGACAGCUUCUUCUGGCGCUUAUUUGGGACCAACACGGUCCAGCAGCAGCUGAUCAAGAGCUUCUGGCCCGAGGCUCCAGAUAAUGUCGAUGCUGCGUAUGAGAACACUGUGCAAGACAGGCUCUACCUCAUCAAAAAUCAGACAGUCUGGGCUUUCAGUGCUUAUGACCUUGUGAGUGGAUUUCCCAAGAGCCUUAGCAGCUUGGGUCUGCCUGUCAAGGUGAAGAAGAUCAGCGCUGCUCUUUAUGACCAAAACACUGGCAAAACAUUGUACUUCGUGGACAACAAUUACUACAGUUAUGAUGAAAACAAGAAGAAGAUGGACAUUGGAUUCCCCAAACUGGUGGAACAUGGCUUCCCAGGGGUUACUGGGAAAAUCACUGCUGCCUUCCAGUACAGGGGUUUCACCUACCUCUUCAGCGGUACACGUAUUUUUGAGUACAGCACUUCUACCAAGAAGGUGUUGCGUACGCUUGAUAACAACUACUUCUUGAAGUGCUAGUGGUUUUUUGACCCAGUGCCCAAUGUUGGAUUUGGGCUAUAGAGAAAUUAAACUUAUUUAUAGUUUACUGUAUUUUUUUUUUAUUUAUUUACUAUCAUAAGAAUUCGUUUUGAGAUAUAAUUCAAGAUCAUGUUUACUUUUGUUGUGUAAUGAAAAAUAAAGAUUGUAUGGAAAAAUUGAAAUUGUCCUUUGAUCUUUUAAAGUUCUACCUUAAACCUAACAAAAUGCCUGAGAUUCUUAUCCAUUUUUGUAAGAAAAAAAUAAAAAAUAAAUAAACAAAGCAGUACAACAGAAUAUUAAGAUGAGAUCAUAAUAAGAAGCAUGAUUGCAGUCAUUGAUGGCAAAGGAUUUGCAUCCAAGUAUUAAAAAUAAUCCUAAUAUUUAUGAUUAUGUUUGUUUGUCCAAUAACUUUUGAGCCUGUGAAAAUGGAGAGACUCUGUAAAAAAAUAUUAUUGUAAUUCCUACAUGGUUAAUGCAAUAUUUUUUG